GCAACCCCCUACAUAUAUUCAGAGAGAGAGAAAAGAACCCAGCUUAAAGGAGGGAAAUCAGUCAGCAGUGCCCCGGCUGAAGUACAUACAGCCAUCAGGAAUCUGGGGACAACUAGAAGAAAGGAGGACCGAUGAAUCCACAAGGAGGAAAGGCUUUUGGGGUGCUGAAGGCCCAGCAGGAAGAGUUCCUCGACUCUCUCAAUAAGGAAUUCUUGGAUGACCCCAAGUACAGCAUGGAUGAAGACCUUGGAGAAAAAUUAGAAAUGUUUAAAAAGAAAUACUUGGAAUUUGACCUUAAUGCACAAGGGGACAUAGAUAUCAUGGCCUUGAAGCGCAUGUUAGAAAAACUGGGUGCAGCCAAAACCCACCUGGAACUGAAGAAGAUGAUCACGGAAGUGACAGGGGGGAUGAGCGAGACCAUCUGUUACCAGGACUUUGCCCGGAUGAUGCUGGGCAAGCGGUCGGCAAUCUUCAAAAUAAUUCUGAUGUAUGAAGAGAAAGCCAAAGAGAAGGCUGAGAAACCAUCUGGGCCCCCUCCCAAGAAAAUAAUUGCAGAUCUUCCUUAAAGGUCCCUGCUUUAUUGCGAUCGAUUGGCUUGCAUCUGAUCACUCUACUCAGCAAAAUUUCAAGCCUUCCUCCCGCCUCCGGAGCCUUGGUCAAGCAGCAGUACUCAGAGAAAUCUGUUCUUUUUAUCCCUGUCCAUCCACACCACUUAGCAUAAAGGGAAACUGGAAAUCUUGGGAGAACAGUUCUCAGGAACUAUUUUGUGUUAGAAGGAAGAGUAAAAUAAUUUAGAGCAAUACACCCACCCGCCUCCAAAAAAUGUUGUCAGCGCUAUCCUUCCAUUCUUGUUAAUGCUCAUGUUAACUGUUAGGGGUGCAAUCCCGUUCCCCAGCACAUGUGACCACAGGGAAAGGUUUGGGGAGCAGGGCCUAAAGAGGAAGGCAGAUUCUUCUCAGCAAUCUGUUUCUCCUCAGACCCCAAACCCCCACAUGGCCAGCUCAUACAACACAGCCCAAAGAGGAAUGGGCUUCCAUCAAAAAGGACAGGAGACGGGGUUGCCACUUACCCGGUACGUGUGGGCAACCUCCUGCCAAUGCUCCUUGUCUCCUGCCCUCGGUCAGUGGAGUGGCGGGGGGGAAACUGGGGGGACUCAACAUCAUGUGGGGCACUGACGUCUGGGGCUAUUUUUGGGCAGGAACACACAGGAACGGAGUUCCGGCUGGCUUCAGAGUUGGC